AUGCGCCCCUCUCCUGUCCGUAUCCGCCCCCCUUUUGUCCGUAUGCGCCCCUCUCCUGUCCGUAUCCGCCCCCCUUUUGUCCGUAUGCGCCCCUCUCCCCGCCCGGUGCACAGGCAGCCUUCUAAACAGCCUGCCACGUACAGUUAUGUUGCUCCUCCACGUGGCGAGCAGCGCACUCAUGCUGGUGACGUGGAAUAUGACCCGUUCCGGCCUGCUGACGUGGCGCAUGAUGCGUCCCUGCCACGUGUGUUGCAGGAGGGCAGCGAAGGGAGGGGAAGGGAGUUAAAAGUGGGAGUGAGGGAGAUGGGAGGAGGAGGCAUAGGGGAUGCAGGCAGGGAGGGUGAUAGUGGUAGUGAGGGAAGGGAAAGGAGAGAGAGUAAGAAAAGGAAGUUCAGAUCAGGAGGGGAAGAGGAGAGGUUGGAGAAGGAGAGGAGGGUUGACUGGGAAAAGAGGGUUGAUGGGGCCACACCACUUCCUCCCCCUUCUCCUCUUCCUCCUGCUCCUCCACUUUCUCCUCCUGCUGCUGCCUCCCACCCACCUCUCCGCCCUCGCCCUGUGAUUGUAUGGGACCUGGACGAAACCCUAAUCAUCUUCCAAUCGCUGCUCUCGGAGAAAUUCGCCAAGAGUCUUCUGGCUGACAGGGAAGCAGCAGGAGCCAGUGGGACAGCGGGGGACAGUGGCGGGAGAGGGGUGGAGGAGCGGGCAAGGGAGUUGGGCGAGGCGUGGGAGAGGCUCAUUCUUGACGUCUGUGACGCCCACUUCUUCUUUAAAGAGCUUGAGGACGUGGACCUCCCAAACCUGUGCCACAUGGAAGCUGAUAGCAAGCCUGUUGACAUGGCAGCACCGGGCUGUGGCGAUGGAUCCAUGCCAGGCCCCAAACAACCACCAGUUUUUGCUAGUUCUGACGUGGCGGCUGACAUGACUGCUGACGUGGCGGGUCCUCAUGAACGCCAGGCAAUUGCAGAGCGGUUUCAACAGAUAGAAUCGGCGUACAGGAAGGGCAUUUCGUCUCUCCUCACACCUGCCCAAGAAGCACACAGGCAGCAGCUGUACGCACAAACAGACAGAUUCACCCACGGGUGGUUGGCAGCAGGUGGGUGGUUGCAGGGUGGAGGGAGGGAGGGAGGGCAGGUGCGUUUUGGGUUGACUUUUGAGUCGACUCAAAAGUCAACAGGGUGGAGGGAGGGAGGGCAGGUGCGUUUUGGGUUGACUUUUGAGUCGACUCAGAAGUCAACAGGGUGGAGGGAGGGAGGGCAGGUGCGUUUUGGGUUGACUUUUGAGUCGACUCAAAAGUCAACAGGGUGGAGGGAGGGAGGGCAGGUGCGUUUUGGGUCGAAUCAAAACACAAGAGGCACACAGCAGCAGCGGCUGUAG